AUGUCAAGUCGUGCUUUGAGACGUUUGCAAGGCGAUUCUGAACUGACGGUGUUGGCCGCAGCUUUGGGACAACCAGAACAAGAUAAGUUGAAUGGAGAAGAUGAAGAUGAUAACGAUGUUGAAGAUGGCAGUCCUGCUCGGGGUACGUCACAUCGAAGACAGAAGAAAUUGAAAUCUCAGAAAAACAAGAUCACGACUGAUGGAGAAACUAAGGUGACGGAAAAUCCCUUUGAACUGUUAAACAGAAGUAACGAAGAGGAGGAGGAGGAUAAGGAAACGAAGACAGAGGAUGAUGGACAAGCCACGCAGCACGUCCGCAAGCCACAAGCAAAGACCAAAAAGAAAAAGCGAAAGAACAAACAGAAGCAGCAAAAUAACGAAGAAACUCGAUCUCAAGAUCAUCACAGCCAGGAGCCAGUUGAUGAGGUUGAAGCAAGUGUGCAGGAAGUAAACCGACUUCUGGGUGACCCAGGGGGCGCCACCAGGCCGGAAAACAGCAGUGUUAUCUUCAGUACGAACGCAAAACCUCUUUUACACAUUGACUACCGGAAUCUGAAUGCUGAGACAGAACUGAAGAGGUUAUUUGGUUCAGAGGUUGUACGUGGAGAACAGACAGGCAGGAAUCGGAGACACAGAAAUAGACCAUUACAACGCAGCAGUCGACUAGUUCAGGUCAAGGACACUUGGCACAGCACCGGUGGUUCAGGGUUGUCCAUGAAGUACCUCGACCAGACGAAAGAGUUUGUCUUUGAGCAUUCACCCGCUUAUCAGAAACUGCAGCAUAAAUUUGCUGAUGCUGUUGAUUCUGGACAUCCAGAUAAUAUAGUUAAUGUCUUGAGGGAAAACCCGUACCACAUUGACUCGUUGAUCCAGAUGGCCGAUCUUCACCGGAUAAAUGAGGACUAUCAGACGGCAGCAGAAUCCAUUGAGAAAGCGCUCUAUGGCUUAGAGUGUGCAUUUCAUCCGUUGCUCAACCUGGCUGCGGGAAACUGCUACCUCAGUUACAAGAGAGUGGAGAACAGGGCUCUAUUUUUGUGUUUGUUUAAACACAUCCUGAACUUGGGUCGGAGAGGCUGUAAUAGGACAGCCUUUGAAUUCUGUAAACUUCUUCUCAGCCUUGACCCUGACAGUGACCCACUGGACUGUAUGAGCAUGAUAGAUUACUAUGCGCUGCGCAGCGAGCAGUUUGAGCACCUAGUUCAGCUGGAGCAGGAAGUUCUGAGCCAGGAUAGCAUGCGACAGGUGCCCAAUUUUGCACUUUCUAUUCCUCUGGCUUAUUUCAAAAUUGAGAGCCGAGAUACUGAAGAUACCAAAACUGCAGAUCAGAAGUUGCAAGACUCGUUGCUCUUCUUCCCUAUGAUACUGACACCUCUGUUGGAUGAGUGCAGCGUGCAGCCAGACAAGAGGGUCAGCAGCCAUUCUUUCUUCAGCACAGAAGAGCUCAAUGAUAGUACUAGUGAGCUGAGACGGCUGGUCACCUUGUACGUGAAACGGUGCGCAUCCUGUUGGAAGGAGCCUGAAGUUAUUGCCUGGUUGGAGCGCAAUGUUCUAGCAGUUCUGGAUAUCGUGGACACAGGGACAGAUCCCCGUCUGCAAAUUUACCCAAAGUUACGAAAACAGCGCUUCAGGUCACCCCCACUGUCCUUACUGCGGCACUACUUCCUGUCAGAAAUCGCUGGGAUUGGUCUGCCACGACAAUAUUUGACAACCCCGGUGCUGAACCAUGACCCCUUUCCACCGGUGGAUACAAUCAGAUCAUACAGCAGGCCCACAAGACCAACAGUUGCUUCUCAGGAUCACAAUGGGAUUUUAAGAUCCCUGUUGCAAUCCCUGCUCCCAUCCUAUAAUCCUUACGAGCCAGCAGAUGAAGCCAGAAGAAGGCAGCAUGAAGAUGAUGUUGAUGGCACUGGAGUCCGGGGUAUCCCUCACAAUAUACAGCAGAGUGUUAAUGCUGUCAUGCAGGCUAUGAGGCAGUUGCUGGCAAGACAGGGUCCGCUGGAUAACGGGGAGGUUCUGGACAACCAGGAGCAGAACGACGAAGAAUGGGAAGAUGGAAACCAAGAAUAA